UUACAAACCUAAGAACAAGAAAUAUUUUUAGGUUAAAGUUUGUUUUGAGUUAUCAAAAAGAGGAAUUGAAUUUUUUACAUUUACUUUUGAAAACACAGUUUAGCUUCUAUUUGAUUUGCUGCAAUAAUAAUAAAACAACAAUGAUUACGCGAUGUAUAGCGCGACCUGCUAAACAUGCGAUGUUAUUCUGCCGAAGUAAUUCAACAGCUUCGCUGCCAGAGUUAGAGGCUAUACAAGAAAGUUCCAAAGCUCUUAGCACAAAUCCAUUGGAUAAUCCAGAUUACUUCCAAGUGCACAAUCUUUUCACUGUCAAAGAUCUCUUUGAAGCCCGAGUGCAUUUUGGACACAAGGAAGGUUCCCUUAAUGAAUACAUGACACCUUACAUAUAUGGCUCUAGGCAAGGUCAUUUAAUUUUCGAUUUAGACAUAACCGCUGAACAUUUGAGAAAAGCCCUCAACAUUACAGCUCAUAUUGCCUACCGUGGGGGAAUUAUUUGCUUUUUCAAUAGAAAUGCUCUAAAUGCACAUUUAGUGGAAAGAACAGCACAAGAAUGCGGUGAAUAUGCUCAUACUAGAUUUUGGAGAGGAGGGAUCUUCACAAAUGCAAACUAUCAGUUUGGAGCCAUCACAAGGUUGCCUGAUCUUAAUAUAUUUUUAAACACUCAGAACAAUAUUCUAAGUCAACACACAGCUAUAAGGGAUAGUGCAAAAAUGUUGAUACCAACCAUAGGUAUUGUUGAUUCUAAUUGUAUGCCAAAUUUAAUUACAUAUCCAGUACCCGGCAAUGAUGACACUCCAGUAGCAAUAGAAUUAUAUUGUAAGCUGUUUAAAGCGGCUAUUACAAGGGGAAAAGAGGCAAGGAUGAAGUUCCUGCAGGAGAAUAAUUAAAAUAA